CACUAUCAAUACGAGCGAUAGAUUACUUUCUUCCUCACUUUUACUGCUCAGUCCUAGCAGUUAUCCGCUCAAUAUCAGCUCGGUAAUCACGAUGGCCACUUUCCUUGGUUUGAUGGUUUGUGGUAUCCUACUAUUCAAAUUAGCAUCCCCAAUUGGAGCCACCAUCUGCACGUCAUGUUCCUCGGCGGACGAUCCGAAAUGCUCGGCAGCGAACUUCACCGGACCGACCAAGGAAUGCUACAACGUGAACCCAUGUGCCGUGGCCAUCAUCACCGGAACGGGUCAUACAUUUCGAGGUUGCUCUACGGAUCCGGAGUGCUACAGCAAUGAUUUGUGCGAGACCUGCGAUGGCGACGGUUGCAAUUCUGGAGCGUAUCCACCGGAUCGAAGGAGUUGCCUUAGGUGUUCGAAUGGCGAGGGUGCAGCAAGCUGCGAAGUGGUGACGAGCGAUCGGGAUCAGUUGAGUGCUGCUUGCGUGCUGCACUUCCAGGAUGAAGCUUGCGUUACUGUCUUCCAAGAUUUUAAACCUUUGCUGAGGGGCUGUCUAGGCGACAUGGACGUGGGUGUGAAGACGCUUUGCGAGAGUGGUUCUGCCGAUUGUGUGGUUUGUCGGGAGAAUGACUGUAACGCAGUGAAUGUUAGACUGGACGAGCAAUGUCUUCAGUGUGAUUCGCAAGAUCGGGGAUGUAACGAUGCUAGUCAUAGCGCAAGUGCCUGUGAGAAGGCCUCCGGUGGGAAGUGUUACUCAAGGCUUCUUGGUGAUGGAACUGUUAAACGAGGCUGCUUCCAUGAGUUAUCUACGCAGGAGUCUACGUCGUGUAAUUCAGCCAGUUGUAUCGUCUGUUCCGGAUCAGCCUGUAACAAGAACAUCUUUGUGGCAAGAAACGAUUUCCGCUGUAAGAGUUGUCAUUCGGCGAACACCGCAGCCUGCGUGCGAGAUCCAUACACGGUCCUCGACAAGGAAUGCCCGCUGAACGAUACGGCUUGUGCAACGGUCGUGAUAUCGGCCACCGGUCACCUCUACCGAGGCUGUUCAAUGGACGAGGAAUGUGUUGCCGAAGGAGAUGCCUGCAUCACGUGUGACGAGUACAGAAACUGUAACUUCUACCGCUACCCGACGGAUCGGCUGGAUUGUUACGUAUGUGAGACUUCUGCCAAUCCGAACUGUGCUACGCUUCCGUACAACAGGCAGUUCGAGAAGGAGUGUUUACGACAAGUAGCGGGCGAUGAUUGCGUGACAAUAUUCGAUGAAUUUCGUGUAGUUCGUCGUGAAUGUAGAUCCGGUUUGGCGGAUUUGGAUUUGCGGAAAUGUAAUACAGAAGGUGGACGGGAAUGUGUAGCAUGUAGUGGAAUAGGUUGCAAUAAGAUUACCGUUCGCCAGGACGAUAACUGCUUGCAGUGUUCCUCGGAGGAUGGUUUGAACUGCGCAAGUGGUCGCCGAGCUUCGACAAUUUGUAAGCGGUCUUCCGAUGGUGUUUGUUACAAUCGCCUGGAUCAAAAUGGAACUCUUCAUCGCGGAUGUUUAUCCGACUUGAACGAGGAAGAUCAACGAACUUGUCUGACCUCUAAUGAUCAUCAAUGCGAAACUUGCUCCGGUCCAGGGUGUAACAACAACAUUUUUCCUUCUGACGCAUUGCAAUGUGUUCAGUGUGACAGUUUGGAGAACGUGGACUGUGUUCAAAAUCAAUCUUCAACCACGUUUGUGAAUCCUUGCCGGAGAUACGUCAACGGCGACACAUGUUACACACGACUUCGUACCGAUGGUUCCAUAGAACGUGGAUGCCAAUCGUCACUCGCUGCAACCUGUAAUGCUCUGACGAACGUCUCUUGUACGACUUGUGAGGGACCCGCCUGCAAUACCGAAGUCUACGUCUACCCCUGGGGGAGACGAUCCUGCUUCCAGUGUGAUGGGCUGAACGAUUUAACCUGUGGCUUGGAGCAGACGAGGCAGGAGGAUGCCAAGGUUUGCUUACAGUUCCAGCCGGAGGACCGAUGCUAUACAAUACUUCAAAAUGGGAAAGUGAAGCGUGGAUGCGCAUCGGAAUUUGAUACUGAAGUAUGCUAUGGUCUGGAUAACACUCAAUGUCGGACCUGCACUAGGGAUAACUGCAACAAUCUCUCUGAAGUUGGAUUGCGGUCAGCAGGCUGGGUGGCUCAAAGAAGCACAUUAAUAAUAUGGAUCGGCAUGUUAUGCUAUUUUACGUGCAUACGCAGAAUUUCCUGAAAAUCAAUAUUUUAUUUCAUGUCUCUUAUAAAUUGUACCAUUAAUUAAAGAGCUUUCCCCCA